AUGGCUGCGGCAAAGCAAACACUGGAACAGCUCAACUACCGACAAGAAGGCAAUGAAAAGUCUUGCAUUCUCGACUGGCUGUCUGCCGUCGAUUACACGUUACAGCAGAGUGAUCUUCUCGGUCGACGACAAGCGGGAACUGGGAAAUGGCUUCUCGAUUCGAAAGAAUAUAAACAUUGGCUUCGAACACGCCGAGGCACCUUGUUUUGUCCAGGAAUGCCGGGUGCGGGAAAGACCAUCUGUUCUGCUAUCCUUGUCGAUGAUUUGACUACGCGCUUUGAGGAUACUCCAGAUGUCGGAAUAGCUUACAUUUAUUGCAACUUCAAUCGACAAGAUGAACAGACAGCUCAAGAGUUGCUUUCAAGUCUGUUGAAGCAAUUAAGUCAGAAGAAGACAUCUGUUCCGGAUACAGUCAAGGACCUAUACAAGCGCUACAAAACCGCAUCGACGCGUCCGCGAUUCGAUGAAAUAUCGAAAGCUCUGCAUUCAGUCGUUUCCACGUAUUCCGAUGUGUUUAUUGUCAUCGAUGCCCUCGAUGAGUGCGAAUCCACUUGCCGUACCAGGGUUUUGGACGAACUCAACAAAAUUCGUGCCGGGCCUGGAGCACAUGUCUUCGCCACGUCAAGACCUACGGAAAUUAAUGAUUUGUUUGAAGGGGGUUCCUUUUUGGAGAUCCAGGCUCAUGAAGACGACGUUAGACGGUACCUUGAUGGGAACAUGUUCCGACUCCCAGGGUUUGUGAGCCGAAAUACUGCAUUGCAAGAGGAGAUCAUGACUGUCAUCUCAUGCCAUGUACAGGGAAUGUUCCUUCUUGCACAGCUUUAUUUCGAGUCAUUGAUCGGUAGAAGGUCAGCCAAAUCUACCCGAACCGCUCUGAAAGAGCUGUCGAAGGGGUUCAAUGAAUAUGCAUACGACAAGGCCUAUGACAACGCUAUGAGCCGAAUUCAGAGGCAGUUAGGAGAGCAGACUGACUUGGCGAUGCAAACCCUGUCCUGGCUUGUAUGUGCAAGAAGACCACUUACUUCACUGGAGCUCCAGCAUGCGCUUGCAAUAGAGGAAGGGGAAUCUAUGGUCGACGAGGAGAACAUGCCGGAAGUCGAAGACAUCCUUGCUGUGUGCGCUGGUCUUGUUACUGUUGAAAAUGAAAGCGGGAUAAUUCGACUGGUUCAUUAUACGACGCAAGAAUACCUUGAACGGAAGAAAGAUUUACUAUUUCCCAGCGCCGAAAAUGAUAUCAGCACGUUGUGCGUUACUUACAUCUCAUUCGACACAUUUGGAUCUGGAGUUUGUGAAAGCGAUGCGGCGUUUGAGAAGCGUUUGCAAUCACAUCCAUUCUACUUUUAUGCGGUACGCCAUUGGGGCGACCAUGUAAGAGCAACCAAAGAUCUGCAUCCUGACGUGAUAAAGUUUCUGAAAAAUCAGUCAAAAGUUGAAGCUUCAGAACAAGCACUCCAUGUCAGGAGGCACUCAAUCCCAAAAGAUUGGAGCCAGAAUUUUCCAAGGGAAAAGACGGGACUGCAUCUCGCUGCAGACCGUGGAAUUGAGGAAGCAGUAUCCUACUUUCUUCAACACCGGCACUCCGUGGACGUACGUCAUAACGGUGGCUGGACAGCAUUGCAAUAUGCCAUUUCAAGAGACCACCUGAAUGUCGUCAAGUUACUUCUUUCCUGUGGAGCUGAUGCAAACGGAACAGGUCAGGAUAAUUUCACCAGCCCACUUUCACUUGCUGCCCAGUAUGGGCAAGAGGACAUUGUCAGACUUCUUCUUGAGCGCGGAGUUGACAUUGAUGGCCAGACUGGAUGGUACCAAACCGCACUCAUCGCAGCGUGUGACAAGGGCUAUCUAAAUAUCGUUGAAACUCUCCUUAACAACAAUGCAAAUAUCAAUGCCGAGAGUGAGAUACAUGGUACACCCCUCGCUGCUGCGUCAGAGGCGGGUCACUGGAAAAUUGUGACCUUCUUACUUGAGAAGGGGGCUACACCCAGUUCUCAAGGGAACGAAGGUGAAACCGCUUUGGCAUCAGCAGCAUUACAGGGCCAGGAAGAUAUCGUACAAAUCUUGCUCGAUCAUCACGCGGAUGUCAACCAACGAGAAGGAACUGCCCUCAUAGCGGCUUGUCGCAGCGGGCAUGAGCAAGUGGUACGAAUACUCCUGGCUAAUGGUGCCGACCCGAAUGCGGGAAACGGAGGACACAGCAGCGCACUGGUAGCAGCUUCGAUGAACGGAAAUCAGCAAAUAGUGCACAUGCUCCUCGAGAACGGUGCCAACAUCAACGCGGAAAGUUAUCUCGGUCCAGCACUAGUUGCUGCUGCAAAAACGGGGAAUGGCCACAUAGUCAAGGUGUUACUCGAAAACGGUGCUGAGAUUCACGGCCGUGGCAAAGUCCAGGGAUGCGCAUUACAUGCAGCUGCUUCCCGCGGAGAUAGCCAGAUAGUGCAAAUGCUCCUCGACAGAGGUGCUGACAGCACCAUUCGUGCUGGUGUUUACAAAACGCCCCUGCGAGCAGCCUUGAUCGGAGGUCAUCAGGAGGUUGCCGCGCUUCUCAAAAGACAGGGGCAGCAGCUGAGGGUCUGA